AUGUCUCGUUGUUAUAACUUCUUCACGUAUUUCUACGUUCCUUUCAUUCACAUAUUUCUCCAUUUCUUCUUCCUUUUCUCUCGUUCACAUCUGUCUCCUUUUCUUUCCCUCUUCUUUCUUUCAUAUCAUUUCCCCUUUUAUCGUUGGCAUCUUUCUCUUAUUCUUUAUUUCACAUCUUUCUCUCCAUCUUUCAUUCUCAUAUUUCUCCCCUCUCUCUCUUUCUUUCGAUCACAUCUUUCGCCCCUUCUUUUGUUUAAACCUUUCUCCUCUUCUUUCGGUUAUAUCUUUCUCCCAUCCUUUCAUUCUCCCCUUUUCCUCCCUUUCUCUCGUUCACAUCUGUCUCCUUUUCUUUCAUUUUCCUCUUUUUUGUUGGCAUCUUUCUACUCUUCUUUCUUUCUUUCUUUCUUUCUUUCUUUCUUUCUUUCUUUCUUUCUUUCACAUUAUUCCCCCCUUCUUUCAUUCUCCCUUUUUUGUGGACAUCUUUCUCCUCUUCUUUCCUUCACAUCUUUCUUCCUUCUCUCUUUCACAUCUUUCACAUCUCUUCUUCCGUUCACAUCUUUUUCCUCCCUUUUCGUUUAUAUAUUUCUCCCUUCCUUUUAUUCACAUCUUUCUCCCCUUCGUCCUCUCUUUCUCUCGUUGACAUAUGUCUCCCUUUGUUUCGUUCGCCCCUAUCUCUCCUUCUUUCUCCCAUUCUUUCGUUCAUUCUCCACUUUUUUCGUUUGCAUCUUUCUCCCCUUCUUUCCUUUACAUAUUUCUCCCUUACUUUCAUUAACAUCUUUCUCCCCUUCUUCCUCUCUUUUUCUCGUUCACAUUUGUUUUCGUUUCUUUCUCCCAUUCUCUCGCUUACAUCUGUCUCCCAUUCUUUCUCCUUUUCUCUCGUCCACAUUUCUCUCCUUUUCUUUACUUCACAUCUUUCUUUCCUUUUUUUUCGUUCGCAACUUUCUCCCGUUUAUUUCUCCCCUUCUUUCGUUCACAUCUUUUCCCUCUCCUUUCGUUUACAUAUUUCUCCCCUCCUUUCAUCACAUCACUCUCCCCUCCGUCCCCAUUUUCUCUCGUUCAUAUCUGUCUUCCUUCUUUCUCCAUUUCUUUCGUUCACAUCAUUCGCUCUUUCUUUCUUUCAUAUCAUUCUCCUUUUCUUUUGUUUACAUCUCUCUCUCUCUCUUCCUUUCAUUCACAUCUUUCUCCCCCUUCUUACUCCUUUUCUCUCGUUCACACCUGUCCCCCUUUCUUUCUCCCUUUCUUUCGUUCACAUCUUUCUCCACUUCGUUUCCCUCUUCUUUCUCGACGUUUAUUUUUUUACCUUUUCUUUUCCUUCUUGUAAGCUGA